UGUAACUUUUUCAAUGGAAAAUUAACAACUAAAUCUUUUCUAACGUCAUUGUUUUCUAGACAUGAAUCAGAAGCUUCCUAGGUAUUUUUGUAACAUUUGUAACACAAUGCAUUCUGAUUCUGUUAUUCAGAUUCAGUGCUUUCUUCAAAAGAAUGAUGCUUUAUGACUUUGUCAGCAAUUUAAUAGAUUUUUGUCUUCUUAAAAGAAUAGAACUAAGAAAUAUCAAGAUUUAAAGCAUAAAUACCUUGGAACACUCAGAAGAGCAACAUGGGAGAAACUGAGAAAAGAAUUGAAACUCAUAGAAUAAGAUGUCUUUCCAAGUUGAAGAUGUUUCUGUUGGCAAUAACAUGUGCGUAUGUAUCCAAAACACUAUCCGGAUCUUAUAUGAAUUCCAUGCUCACACAAAUAGAGAGACAAUUCAACAUCCCAACGUCUCUAGUUGGAUUUAUUAAUGGAAGCUUUGAGAUUGGAAAUCUUUUGUUGAUUAUAUUUGUGAGUUAUUUUGGAACUAAACUGCACAGACCUAUAAUGAUUGGUGUCGGAUGUGUGGUUAUGGGCCUAGGGUGUUUCUUACAAUCACUACCUCAUUUCCUCAUGGACCGAUACGAAUAUGAAUCUACAGUUUCAGUGUCUGGUAAUUUGUCCUCAAACAGUUUCUUGUGUAUGGAAAACGGAACCCAGAUUUUCAAACCAACAGAAGAUCCAUCAGAGUGUGUGAAGGAAGUUAAAUCAUUAAUGUGGGUGUAUGUACUAGUUGGAAAUAUUAUUCGUGGAAUUGGUGAAACUCCCAUCAUGCCUUUGGGUAUUUCCUACAUAGAGGAUUUUGCCAAAUCUGAAAACUCUCCUUUAUAUAUUGGGUUUAUAGAAACAGGAGCUAUCGUCGGUCCUUUGAUUGGACUUUCGUUAGCGUCAUUCUGUGCAAAUGUUUAUGUUGACACUGGAUCGGUGAACACAGAUGAUCUGACCAUAACUCCCACUGAUACUCGUUGGGUUGGUGCAUGGUGGUUUGGCUUUUUGGUUUGUGCAGGAGUGAAUGUGCUUACUGCCAUUCCUUUUUUUGUUUUGCCCAAAACGCUUCCAAAGGAAGGACUAGAGGAUAUUGCUGAGAUCGUUAAAAAUGACAAAGAAGAGAAACAAAGCGAAGUCAGGAAGAAAAGGGCUGGAAUCACUAAAGAUUUUUUACCAUUCAUGAAAAGCCUUAUGUGCAACCCAGUUUACAUGCUUUUCAUACUAAUAAGUGUGCUGCAAUUCAAUGCAUUUGUCAAUAUGAUCUCCUUCAUGCCUAAAUAUCUGGAACAGCACUAUGGAAAAUCAGCUUCAGAUGCAAUCUUUCUCAUUGGUAUUUAUAACUUACCUCCAAUAUGCAUUGGAUAUAUAGUUGGUGGUUUAAUUAUGAAGAAGUUCAAGAUUACUGUCAUACAAGCUGCCCACAUAGGAUGUUGGUUAUCCUUAAUUGAGUAUCUUCUCUAUUUUUUGUGUUUUCUCAUGAUCUGUGAUAAUUCUUCAGUUGCUGGCAUAACCACCUCUUACGAACGAGUGCAACAAGAUUUACAUGUGGGAAAUGUCAUCCUUGCUGACUGCAACAUGGAUUGUAACUGUCCAACUAAAAUAUGGGACCCUGUAUGUGGAAACGAUGGUUUGUCAUACAUGUCAGCUUGUCUUGCAGGUUGUGAGACAUCCUCUGGAACAGGAAUAAACAUGGUGUUCCAAAAUUGUAGCUGCAUUCAAACACCAGGAAAUUCAUCUGCAGUUCUUGGGCUAUGUGACAAGGGACAGGACUGUUCCAUGAUGCUCCAGUACUUUUUAAUCUUGUCGGUGGUCAGCAGUUUCAUCUAUUCUUUAUCUGCCAUCCCUGGAUAUAUGGUUCUCCUGAGGUGUAUCAAGCCUGAAGAGAAGUCUCUUGGUGUGGGAUUACAUGCAUUUUGCACAAGGGUAUUAGCUGGAAUUCCCGCACCUAUAUAUUUUGGAGCUUUAGUGGACUCCACAUGUUUACACUGGGGUACUUUGAAAUGUGGUGAGUCAGGGGCAUGUAGGAUAUAUGAUUCCACCAACUUCAGAUACAUCUACCUUGGAUUGCCAGCAGCGCUAAGAGGAUCAAGCUAUAUUCCAGCCUUUUUAAUCCUCCUUAUUUUGAGGAAGCAUCGUCUACCAGAGAAAAAUUCCUCUUCAGAAACUAUGCUUGAGGCCAAGUUUACAGGGAAGGAAAAUGAGGGCAAAGAGAUGGAUCAAAAUUCCAAAGUUAUGAAUGAUGAUGAAUUGAAAACUAAACUAUAACGCUCUUUUAUAUCAUGCUUCGCAGAAUUGGAGAACACACUACAACUUAAUUGUUUUGAAAAUCAAUAGAGGUACUUACUGCAGGUAAUUUUUCCUUGUCUUUAAGAACCUCAACAUUUUUCUUUACUCAAGGUAAAAAAAUGUUCACUGAUGGUAUUUCUGAGGCAACAAUGGCAUUUGAGAUCUUCCUUAGAGGGACAUUUAUAAACAACCUUCAAAAUAGGAUAUUAGAACCAGCUUUAUUUUUAUGUUAAAUUGCUAAAACAGCAAUUUCUCUUUUCACUCAUGCAAAAUAAGGGCAUAUUUCCCACAUCCUUUCCAAAUGAUUCUAAAAAUUUCCUAUUAGGAAAAUCUAUUUAAUUCCAUUGAAUUUCUGCUUUGAUAUCAGGAUUAUUUAGAGACUGAAAUUCUUAUCUUCUUAUGUGAAUAUUUAAGUAUUUUAUUCAAAUUUAUCACUUCAUGUGAAAGGAGAGUAAAUCAUUUUAAUCUAUUUUGGAAUUGUUCUUUACCUCUUCCUAUUCAUUCCAGACAUGAUUCUUUUAAAAUAGAUUACUCACUAAUAUGCCAUCACUUGAUUUCAAUUCAUUCCCUGCUUUUUGACUCAUGUCAUAUAUUUGCUCAUUUUGUUCAGAGUACUGACAAACUUAAUCAGGUAAUUAAAAAUCAUGUAGCAAAAAUUGUUGGAUUUUUUUUUUUUCAGCAAUUCAAACCUGGCAACCGAACUCUCUCUUAAAAACAAAUGUCUAAGUCAAAGUAUGAAAGGUCAAUAUUAGAAACACACUAGUCCUUUUUUUCCCCAGUAUUUUUUAAUUAAUUAAUUAAUUAAUUUUUGGUUGCGUUGGGUCUUCGUUGCUGUGCAUGGGCUUUCUCUAAUUGCAUCGAGCAGGGGCUACUCUUGGUUGCGGUGCGCAGGCUUUUCAGUGUGGUGGCUUCUCUUGCUGCAGAGCAUGGGCUCUAGGUGCGUGGGCUUCAGUAACAGUGGCACGUGGGCUCAGUAGUUAUGGCUGGCGGGCUCUAAAGCGCAGGCUCAGUAGUUGUGGUGCAUGGGCUUAGUUGCUCCGCGGCAUGUGGGAUCUUCCGGGACAGGGCUCGAACCCGUAUCCCUUGCAUUGGCAGGCGGAUUCUUAACCACUGUGCCACCAGGGAAGUCCCGAAAAACACUAGUCCUUAAAGGCUGUUUGUAUUGCCAGAUAUUAUCCAAAAAAUCAGUUUCCCAGAUUCAGGAGGCCUCCUUAGUCUAAUGUUUAUGUCACCCAAGGUGUCCUAAGUUAGAACACAAACACGAAUUUUCUUUACAUCCUCUUAGAGAAUGAAGUGUUUAAAAAGUAGCUUCUGUUAUGGAACUGAGGUUAAUAAAAUUCAAGAUGUACAUUUAAAACUAAAUCUACCCUUAUUAUUAUUUUGUAGCUUAGGGAUACAGUAAAAGUAUGAAAGGAUUUUAGAGACACAAGAGGCCUUAUGGAUGAUAUGGAGUUUCUGGUUCAAGAGAAUAGGAUGAACAGCCAUGUUUAUCUACUUCUUAUUCUCCCUCCCACUGAAAGGACAGUCAGUAUAGAUGUAAAGAUAGAACUCCCUUAAGGGUGAGGAGGAUGUGGAGAGGGAGGAUUGGAGAAGUGGGUGUCAAUAUACUCUGAUUAUUUAUGUGUCAUACAAAGGGAAUGGAAGUGUCUCCAGGGAUAGAACAGGGUGGCAGGGGCUGUCAUUCAGGAUGCACUUAGAAGGAACCUGGGAUGUAGGUAGGAACCUCUGAGUUGAAAGUUCAAAGAAUACAAGUUAGACAGAAAAUAGACCACAAGCUAGACAGGAAGUAGUCCAAUUAAUUGAAGGACUGUCUACAUAUACUUUGCAGACCAGUAUGAUUUCCUGAGAAUUGGAUGCAUCAUUUAAGAAGAAAGCAACAGAGAGGACUGGGUAGAACAGGUUUGGGGGGAAGAUUUAAGAGUUAAGUUCUCUGCUCGCGAAGUCUGAGACUUCAUCAAGACCGUGAUUCAAGACAGGAACAGUGUUGACACUGGAGAGAGGAGCUAAAACCAUUGGAAGUGAGGAGUUCCAACUCAGGGGAAGUGUGGCAGACGAGGGACAGUUGCGUGUUAGGAUCAGAUGACAUGAAACUCAGAGCUGCUUUAUUUGGGAAGGGAGGAAAUGGGGAGAAUGCUCUGGAAGCUAAAAGAGGAGCAAGGACUCACCCUAUAUCCAGAGAGUUGUGAGAAAAAGUCAACAGCUACCACAUGAGAUGCUUUUGGGGGAAGCAAUGCUGGUUUAUGAGUUUGAGAAUAUGGACAGUUUUGGAGUUCCAGGGGACAAACUGAAAGGGGGCAGAUUUCAAAAUUGGAGUUUGAGAGAAAAAGUUGAUAAUUAGAGGUAUAUGGAAAUUAGAGAAUGAAAAUUAGAAGAAGGGGAACGAGAGAUCAUCUGGAAUUCUGGGACUUUUUAGGUAACUGACAUAAUGAGGUUAGUCCUGAUAGAUUUCAAGGCAGAUAGUGUUGGUGACACUGUGAGUGUCAAAAUUAGGAGGGGUCAUGACUCAUGACCCCUUGUCAUGGAGGCAAACUGGAGAAUCAAAAUCUUACCUGAGUACCUGUGGCUCUUUCUUGACUUCUAUUGAUGGGUUUAAGUUGAUCAGAGAAAGCUGAGUCUUAACUCUGUGCACAGUUCACCCACUUGAAUACCCUCAGUGGAGCAGGGUAGGCCCAGAGAGACAUGAUUUUGCACCCAGUGUCUUGGGCUCACUCUUAUCCCCUGCUGGGAAUGAUGGCAUUUUACUCUAGGGUUCUCUUUUGACACUUCUUGGUGGAGGAAAGAAAAUCAGAGAAAGUGAGUAUUGGAGUGGUCUGUGACCUCUCCUGACCUCUGUUGUUCAAGUCCAUGAGGCCUGGGGAAGUCAGUUAUUUUUCUGUGCAUUUGUCCUCCCUCAGGAUAGGGUAGAAGUAAAGGCAUAACAGACGGAAGUAGAGGAGAGAAACAGCAGGAAAACCAGUAGUGGGAAGUCUAGGAUCGUUCAUUAUCUUAUUUAAUAUUAUGAGGAGUCUAAGUUUAUGGAAUUAGAAAUGGUUUAAUAUAUUAUUUAUAAUUCUAAAUAUAACCGAUAUUUAUGGGAACUUUAAAAAUAAGUACAUAGAAAAACCACAGAAAUUGGGAAAAAGCAUAAAGGGAAGGAGAGGAAUUCUUCAUAUUUUAUAGCAUGGAGUUAAAAUAUAUUUUAAGCUUAAUAAAUUCAGAUAAAAUUGGCAAACACACCUUAUCAGAACUGCUGAGAAGUGGUUAUCUCUGUAGCAUUGGAAGCAGGAAGAGAAGCAAAGAACAAUGCAUUUGCCUUUCAUUUUUGUCCCUUUUGUACUCUGAUUUCUUUUCUCUUGUGCAUGUAAAAUACAAUGAAAAAAAUUUCAUAAAGAAUACACAUCAGCAAAAACAAUAAUAAUAAAAGAAACAAUAUAGGGCAUUUUACAGAAAGGGAAGAACUGAGUCCUCCAAUUGUGAGAUUUUCAAAGGUUCUCCAA